AUGGUCGCGGCCACCAUGUCCUAUUUCCCGGGUCUCUCCAUGACCACCACCGGCACGACCGCCAUCUCUUCUGGCGGAUUCCAUUUCUUCCGCUUCCGCGCUGACAGCAAGCCCCAACCCAUGAUCCUCGGGAUCCUUGCCUUCGACGCCGCAAAGACCAUUUCUCGCCUCGUCGCCCUCUACAGAUCCCUCACCGAUGCAGAGUUCAACCGUCACCGGAAGGAGAUCAUCCAGUCCGAGGGCGUCGCCUACCUGAACUCUCGGGAUGAGCGUCUCCUCCUCAACCUCGCGUGCGCCGAGCAGCUUGAGGACCUUGAGGGCGCCGUGGAUGCCAUCUCUCGCCUCUGCGCACGGUGCUCCAACCGCAGCCUCAGCCGUUUCGAUCUUGUCUAUGCCGACCUCAAGCAGGGGCUGAUUGACAUUGGCAAGCUCGAUUACGGCUCACGGAAGGUGAACCGAAUUGUCGAGAAGAUAGAGAAGUACCUCUCCACAACGGCGAGCUUGUACUCGGCAUUGGAAUCACUCACACAAAUGGAGACAUCAGAAAGAAAAUUGAAGCAAUGGAAGAAAAACUUCAAGGAAAACCCAUUGCAGAAGACAAACUUUGAUCUCUUUGAGAGCAAGAUCGCCUUCCAAAGGAAGCAGGUGCGAAGCUUGAAGGAUGUGUCGCUCUGGAACCAGACCUUCGACAAGGUCGUCAGCCUAAUGGCGAAACUCGUGUGCGUUGUGUAUGCCCGGAUCUGCAUCCUCUAUGGGCCCUACAUCUCCAAACUGCCGAACGCUGUGAAGCGGAAGCAGCAGCAGAAUAACAUCCGAAUCCACCCAGAGACAUUCGCACCAAUCAUGCAUAGAGACGAGAGCCGCCACAGCAUGUGGAAUUCAGGCCCCAUCACAUCCACGUCCAAGAAAUCGGGCCUCUCCAAGUUCUACAGCCGUGAAUUGAACGUCAACAUGUUGCUAUUGCCCGAUAAGGCGUCGCUAUUGGCUGGGCUAAUGCCUGGAAAUAGUUGUGUGAGCGAGGAAUCAUCAGGUGGCAAUUUAUGGCGCAACAACGUGUUGCUCCACUCGGCGGCACGGACGACGGUGGGUGGGGCAGGCCUGGCGAUGCGGUAUGCAAACGUGAUCAUGAUGGCCGAGCAGUUCCUGCAGGGGCCGGGGAGCAUGGGAGAGGGGGCACGGGGGCAGGUGUAUGAGAUGUUGCCAGCGCAGCUGAGGGAGAAGGUGAGGGCGAAACUGAGGGGGCUGCGGAGCGGGGGCAGGGGAGGGGAGGGGGCAGGGAGAUGGCAGAGGGGUGGAGGGAGGCAGUGGAGAGGAUGA